AUGUUUAUUGAUAAACUAAUCUUACUGAAUCGUGCUUUCCUCCGCGCAAUAGAAGGUCGCGUGAAAGACACACCGGAUGCAGAUUUGACGUUAUAUGUGCUUGAUUACCUCAAAUACUUGGGAAGUUUGAAUGCGAUGCGCGACGGCAAAAGUUUUGAGAAAGGCGGGAAAGCACGCUCUGUCAAGGUAUCCAUGCAUUCAAGGAAGCGGAAAGGCAAUGACCGUGAUCGCUCUGCUGAUAAAAAGUCCAAGGAAACGGCCAUUGAAGGAUUUCCAGAAAGAUUGUCUUCUCAGUUGAAUAUUCUAAUGUCUAAGCAUACAUCUGUUCUGCAGACCGAGACAGAUUCCGUUUAUGAUGAAGCAUCCAGUUCAAAAGACGUUUCUAAUCCUACGGAGAAUGGUGUUGAUUGCUUAGUGGAACAGGCUCUGGAGGGUGUUGGCGAUGACGCUAGAUUUAAUAUUGUUCAGUCCAGCCCCCGUCAGCGAAAUGGUACUGAUUUUGACACAGUCGUAUCAGACUCCGGUGUUGAUUUGCUUUUAAGCAAGAUAGCGAAGCAAACAGCCGCGUCUGUUUCGUUCCCUGAUGCGGAUACUGAGGGUAUUCCCUUAACAUUUUCCUUCGGUACAACAGCAAAUAUUACAAGUACAUCACAGUUUUUAUUUGGGAAAGUUGGACAGGAUAAAAAAGAUGAUGCAUUGGCAUUCAUGGAUGCAUCCGCUGCACUAAUCGAUGUUUCACAGGCAGCUCUUCUAGGUGCAACCGCAGCAAAUUCGAGUUCUGAUAAAACAGAAUUCGAAUGCGGAUUUCCAAUUUAUGAGCGGUGUUACCAUAAUGAUGUUAGGAAAUUACCAGUCCAUGCCUUAUUUAGUGAUGACAGCUGUUCUAAUACAGUGUGUAAAAAUGUACCGGUAGUAGAUCUGGACGGCAGCGCCAAAGAGCUUUCUUUUUUGAUUUCUGAAUCGGUCCCAAUCAGUGACCUUCCAGUGGACAAUUUAGGCUGCUGGAACUCGAAGGCUAUUCAUAUGAAGAAAAGGAAUUAUUAUUUUAAGGAUGGCAUUUUAUGUACUACAGAAAAAGAGGCUGCAGACUCAUUCAUUGAGCGGAGGCAAUAUAAUCACGCCUAUGCAGUCCCGUAUAGAAGUGUAAUAAAAGUAAUUUGGUCGGCUCAUUUGUUAGACGGAACCCACCGUAGGUCUUUGAUUACGUAUCGUAUUGAAAAGGGCGCAUCUGUACCUUUGAGACCUUACCACUUGUCCAAAAAAUCUGACAUUGCUUACCAAAGGGUCUUCCCUAGUACCCUGGAAACUAUCACGACCUGUCGUCAAGACUUGACUCCAGCUGAAACGAUGUCCCAGAUACUUGAGCAAACCGCUGCAGCAGAAGAAGCAGUUGAUGUCAGAGCGGUACCUAGAAAUAAAGAACAAAUUUAUAAUCGUUGUUCAAGUAGAUUUAAUUCGUCUAAGUUUUGUGACCUUUUAAAAUCAAAAGAGGGUUAUGAAGAAGAGGAUAUGCCUGCUUGA